UUUGUUAAUAAUUUGCUGAGGUUUUAGCCCCUCUCUCUCCUCCCUCUGCCAAAAAGGUUUUAGGGUUUUUCUCUCUCUUCCUUUUAUUUUAAUGUUUUUAUUUCUUCUUCUGUUUCGCUCCCUUGACAUCAAAAGCAAUGGAUAGAUACCAGAAGGUCGAGAAACCGAAGCCAGAAAUACCCAUAAACGAGAACGAAAUCAGAAUCACCUCACAGGGUCUGGUCAGGAACUACAUCAGUUAUGCUACCAGUCUUCUUCAGGAGAAACUUGGAAGAGAGAUAGUCUUGAAAGCAAUGGGACAGGCAAUAAGCAAGACAGUUGCCAUUGCAGAGAUUAUAAAGAGGAGAAUCCCCCAGUUGCAUCAAGAUACAGCCAUUACUUCAGUGAGUAUAACUGAUGUAUGGGAACCCAUUGAGGAGGGCCUUUUGCCUGUGGAACAGACUCGCCAUGUCUCAAUGAUUUCUAUCACCUUGUCGACAGAGGAGCUAAACAAGAACUCACCAGGGUACCAAGCUCCAUCUUAUCCGGAGCAAACAAAGCCACAGUACUAUUAUAAACAACAGCAACAACCAAGACAAGCACGUGCUCCUUAUAAUGCCGUUAAUGAAGAUUCAUAUGGCCGAGGCCAUGGCCGUGGCCGGGGCAGAGGGAGAGGACGGGGCUGGAACAGGGGUGGAUAUAAUAACUAUCAAGAAAAUAAUGGGUAUUCUAACUGGGGCCGAGGUGGUGGGCGUGGCAGAGGUUGGGGCUAUCGUGGUGCUGGAUAUGGAGGUGACAGAGGUGGAGGCAGAGGUUAUAGCCGUGGCCGUGGACGGAUGGGUGGCCGUCCAAGGGGUGGUGGCAACCAGGUUUAACAGUGGAUUGGUUUUCUUGCCUGCUCUAGCUAAAUGAUUGCUGCAGAUUGGUUUGGUUUUCGUGCCUGCUCUAGCUAAAUGAUUGUCUUGGCCUACUGGUUUUAUAAAUUGAAGUCUGUUUUGGAAAGCAUGAAAUUGUGGGCAAGCUUAUGUAUAGUUUGUUGCUUUUAUUUAGCCGAAGAAGUAGCCAAUUUUUUUAUUGCCCUGUUAUUUGUUUCAUUCUUGUGGUCCCAAUUACCUUUUAUUGUAUUUAUCCUAAAAUUUCAAUUUUUGA